AGUUCCAUCGUCGACGAGAUGUUCGCUUUCCGCCGAGUUUUCUUUUCCACGCUGGUGAUGGCCGCGGGCGUCGUCCUCCUGAUGCCUCUCCAGACAACGGCCGAUGGGGGUUCCAACCAUCACCACCAGGCCAACCAUCAACAGCCCAGCUACCCACAGCAUCAGCAGCCCAGCUACCCACAGCAUCAAAAGGCCAGCUACCCACAACAUCAAAAGGCCAGCUACCCACAGCAUCAACAGCCCAGCUACCCACAGCACACACAGCCCAGCUACCCACAGCACACACAGCCCAGCUACCCACAGCACACACAGCCCAGCUACCCACAGCAUCAAAAGGCCAGCUACCCACAACAUCAAAAGGCCAGCUACCCACAACAUCAACAGCCCAGCUACCCACAGCACACACAGCCCAGCUACCCACAGCACACACAGCCCAGCUACCCACAGCAUCAAAAGGCCAGCUACACACAACAUCAACAGCCCAGCUACCCACAACAUCAAAAGGCCAGCUACCCACAGCAUCAACAACCCAGCUACUCACAGCACACACAGCCCAGCUACCCACAGCAUCAAAAGGCCAGCCACUCACAGUACCCUACGCACCAGAAUCCGACUUACCACGUACCAGUUGUGCACCAUACCAUUCGAAGACCCACCUACCAUCAGAGGCCUUUGUACCAUCACUAACCGAUAUGUUAUCAAUGGUCCAAUUACCACAACAACCACCAACACAUAUCACUAUCCCUAAAGGCUCCAGUACCAUAAUGACAGUACUUAGCAUUAGCUUUAGCAACGUGAAUCAUCGCCAUGGCCGAGACAGGCCAAGAUGAAAGAUUAAAUGGUACAUGUUUCACGUCCUUGGGUGUGUCAGUGCUUCCAAGCUUCUCUCUGCCUUUUUCUGUCUGUCUCUCACACAUGAGCACGUAAGCACAAUUUGUAAAUUCGUGUAAUAUUUGCACUAUUUCUGUCGCUUAAGUAAUUUCGUGUAACUGGUUUUAUUCUACCAGGAAUGCAUUUGUAUAGCAAUUAACCUUUAUGUAAUGGCAAUUUAUGUGGUAAAUUAUGAAGGCACAAUGUGAGUCGUAGUAUACUGUUAUAAUGAAUAAACAAACCGUAGCACCUUUAAAAAAAAAUUAUAAGUCA